GCGCGCGGGGCUGUGCGGCGCCGCCUCCCUUCCGCGCCGGGGGAGGAACGAGGGGCCGCGCGGGAGACGAGAAAGCCCGAGCGAGCGACUAGCGGGGAGCUGCAUGCAACCGGUGGGAGGCCGGCCGGCUGGCGCUGCGGCUCAGGCUGGGAGCGCGGACCGGCCGGCGGCAGUGGCGGAGGCUCUGAGCUGGCAGGCGGAGGGCUUUCUCCCGCGCCCGCCUGCCCGGCGCGGUCCGAGGAUGCGGGGGGGGCGAUGCCCGGGGCCAGGGACGCGCUCUGUCACCAGGCGCUGCAGCUGCUGGCCGAGCUCUGUGCCCGAGGGGCCCUGGAGCACGACAGCUGCCAAGAUUUCAUCUACCACCUGCGGGACCGUACCAGACCCCGGCUCCGCGACCCAGAUAUCUCUGUGAGCCUGCUAACCCUUGUGGUUACCGCCUGUGGUCUUGCCCUCUUUGGUGUCUCUCUCUUCGUGUCUUGGAAAUUGUGCUGGGUUCCAUGGCGAGAUCGAGGCCUGUUCUCUGGUAGCAAAGACAACAACCAAGAGCCUCUUAACUACACAGACACAGAGACCAAUGAGCAGGAGAACAGUGAGGACUUCCUAGACCCACCCACACCCUGUCCUGACUCUUCCAUGAAGAUCAGCCACACUUCCCCCGACCUUCCCCUUUCCACCCAGCCAGGUGGCCAAGAGAACUGUGCCCAUGCCAUCCGUGUGCAGCGACAAGUCACAGAGCCAACGCCGUCAGCUCGGCAUAACUCAAUCCGAAGACAACUGAAUCUGUCAAACCCGGACUUUAAUAUCCAGCAGCUUCAGAGGCAGGAGCAGUUGACUGGGAUUGGUAGAAUUAAACCAGAAUUAUAUAAGCAGAGGUCCCUGGACAAUGACGAUGGGAGGAGGAGUAACAGCAAGGCCUGCGGGAAGCUGAACUUCAUUUUAAAAUAUGACUGUGACUUGGAACAGCUCAUCGUGAAGAUCCACAAAGCCGUCAACUUGCCUGCCAAGGACUUCUCUGGGACCUCAGAUCCUUAUGUCAAGAUCUACUUGCUUCCUGACCGGAAAACAAAACACCAGACUAAAGUUCACAGGAAGACCCUAAACCCUGUAUUUGAUGAGGUGUUUUUAUUUCCUGUUCCCUACAAUGACCUUGAAGCUCGGAAGCUUCACUUCUCUGUGUAUGACUUUGACAGGUUCUCUCGCCAUGAUUUGAUUGGUCAAGUGGUGGUGGACCACUUCUUCGACUUGGCUGAUUUUCCCAGGGAGUGCAUCCUUUGGAAGGAUAUCGAGUAUGUCACCAACGACAAUGUGGAUCUGGGAGAGCUUAUGUUUUCACUCUGUUAUCUUCCAACGGCUGGCAGGCUGACCAUCACCAUUAUAAAAGCAAGGAAUUUAAAGGCAAUGGACAUAACAGGAGCAUCAGAUCCCUACGUGAAAGUGUCACUGAUGUGUGAUGGCCGGCGACUGAAGAAAAGGAAAACAUCCACCAAGAGAAACACGCUUAAUCCUGUUUACAAUGAAGCCAUAGUCUUUGAUGUCCCUCCUGAAAGCAUCGACCAGAUUCACUUGUCCAUAGCUGUCAUGGAUUAUGACCGUGUAGGUCACAAUGAAGUCAUUGGCGUGUGUCAAGUAGGCAACGAGGCUGAACGGCUAGGCAGAGACCACUGGAGUGAGAUGCUAUCAUAUCCUCGGAAGCCCAUUGCACACUGGCACUCUCUGAUGGAGAAACGAUGACUAUGGAUAAGAAGACUGCUUGUGCCAAGGACACAGUCGGACAACUAUGUAACAAAGAUCUUAAGUAACUUUCCCACCUAGCGACACCCAGAUGACUCCAGUGAUGUCAUACUCAGCUGUAACCACAGCAAUAACUGGCCCUCUUUCCAAAUUGGAUUUGGUGAAUUCUUCAGGUGGUCCAAGCUGAUGUGCUCUAGGGAAGCUCAUCCCUCACUGUCAAAAACCAAAUUGGACUCUGGAAGAAAGCAAGUGACAUAGUGAAAGUCCUGAGUACCAAGACUCUUAGUGGCUAAUGGAAGGCCUUUGGUUGUAUGGGCAUGAUACUGGUCCUGGUAGUGGUCAGUCUAACAAGAAGUUAUUUAAUUGAAUGCCCUGGAAGGACAGAAUAUUUUUAAAAAUAUAUCCAGGUGCUAAAUAGGCAGCAGAUUUCAAUCUAAACUCUACUACUUGUGAGCUAAUGACUGUCUUCAGAGAAUAAUUCUACCCCAAAAAGUGCUCCAAUUUUCCAAGGAAUGGCUCAAGAGAAUAUUAGGUCAGGCAAGCCUGGAGAAGUCUCAUGCAAGGCAAGUUAGUUCAUAGCAAACUCAUUGACCCCUCCCAUGCACAUGGCAGAGUCCCACUUAGCCUCGGCUGUUCUUCACUUCAUUCACAUUCAUCACAGAUUCUGGGAUUCUAGAACAUUAUUUCCAGGUAGCCAGCAGCUACUUUGUUUCCAGCGGUGGUAUUACUAGAAUGAAAUGUGUCCUCCUUAUUAGAGAAUCAUUCCCCUCAAUGGCAUAUGCAUUCUGGAAUAUUAUUUCCUGGGCACAGGAGUAUGUGUUAUGAGAUAAGAUCACUGAGAGAUGACACAGGAUCCACUAAGAAAAGACAUAGCUUUUGGUUUUUCUUGACAUAACUGCCUUCUGGGUAUUUCCAUAUGUAAUAGCCCAUAGUAUAGACUUGGGCAGCCACAGACAGAGUCUCUUUCCCAUUUCAGACACAUAUCACUUUUACAGCACUUGGGGAAUGGAAAUACCUACAAGAAUGAAGACCAAGGGCUCUCCCCAGGGUAGCUCAUCCAUUACCCAGCAUCCUUCUGAACCAGUCUACUGCCAGUUCUGCACCUCAUCCUCCUGGUUUCUCCCUCCACGAAAUGAAACCAAAGGCCUCAGCAUACCCUGAAUGGACCAGGAGCUGUUACCUAGAGGUCCUAUCUCAUUUUAGGUGCAAAGCACCUUCUCCACACACCUGCAUCACUACUCCAUGAUUGCAUUUACCUUUCAUACAGU